CUCAGGGAGGAGCGACAGAGCCACUGACACGUACUAAUGUCUCAAUAAUUUGAAGGAAGGUGAUGCAGGAAUACAAGAAAUACGUCCAAUAGGUUUCCGAUUGUCGUUGAACCGCUUUCUUAAUGUGCCCUACCCUGUUCAGAAUCAGAAGGUCGCGCUUAAAGGAGGUGUAGUCGGAGUACAAUGAGGUUUUCUAUGUUGAUCAGUCUGUUAAGGCCGAUCGGCCCGGUUAUUAUCGGGAUCUCUCUGGGAUUUACUCUGAGUUUGCUGAGUGUGAGCUGGGUCGAGGAAAGCUGUGAUAAUGCCAUAGGAGAUGAAGGAAUCGUUUUAUCCCAGGAUGGAAGUCUGAAAGGAGCCCGGAGACCAAACUCUAUUUCCCCUGAGAGUGAUGGUGAGGAGGAAGACGAGGAGGGGGAGGUUUUCCAGCCGAGAAUAAUUCCAUAUAAACCAGUGAAACAGACUCAGUCCAAGAAACUUUUCAGGGCGAAAUACAUCAGCACAGAGCUGGGAAUUCGAGAGCGUCUUUUCGUGGGAAUACUCACAUCCAAAAACACCAUCAACACUCUGGGUGUGGCCGUCAACCGCACCAUAAGCCAUCAUCUGGACAAUGUUGUGUUCUUCACUGGCACACGAAGCCACAAGAUACCCCACGGGAUGAUCGUGGUCACCCAUGGUGAUGAACGCCUCAUCUGGAACAUGUUCCAGACGAUCAAGUAUAUUCUAGAACAUUACAUCACAGAGUACGACUGGUUCUACCUCGCCCAGGAUGACACAUACACGCAGGCGGAUCGUAUCAAGGCUCUGGUGGAACACUUGAGUAUGGACCGGGUGCUUUACAUGGGCAGCCCAGAAGAGUUCAUCGGAGGUGAGAUGCAGGGGAGGUAUUGCUAUGGGGGGUUCGGAUACCUGCUGUCCCGCAGUCUUCUGUUAAGACUCCAGCCCUUCCUGGAGAACUGCAGGAACGACAUCCUCAGCGCCAGACAUGACGAGUGGCUUGGGCGAUGCAUCAUUGACUAUGCUGAGACAAACUGCGUGGAAGAAUUUGAGGGGGAGAAGUAUUAUUAUUAUGAAAUGGGAAAAAAUUCUGACCCUAGUAAGGAAGAUAAUGUGCAGUUUAAUAAUGCACUGACCGUCCACCCAGUGUCUGAUCCUGAGCAGAUGUACAGACUUCACAAACACUUCACUGAGAUCGAGCUGCAGAAGACAUACGAGGAGAUCGAAAAACUGCAGGCGGAAAUAAGAAAUGUGAGUGUGGUGGCUUUUGAGGGCAACCGUAGUGCCUUGUGGCCAGUAGGAAUCAAUCCACCCUUUGAGCCCAAAACACGUUUCGAGGUUCUACGGUGGGAUUACUUCACCGAAGAUCAGGUGUACUCCUGCACCGAUGGUUCUCCGAAGUGUGAGCUCCAUGGAAUCGAUAAGCUGGACGUAGCCGACGUCAUUGAGACGGCUAUGGGUGAGCUGAACAAGAAGUACAAGCCGGUCCUGCACCUGAAGAAGCAGCAGCUUAUUAAUGGCUACAGGCGCUUUGACCCCACCAGAGGGAUGGAGUACACCCUGGACCUACAGCUGGAGGUGGUUAACCAGAAGGGACACAGUCGCUCUAUCACCAAGAGGGUCCACCUGGUUAGGCCUCUCAGUCGUAUUGAGAUCAUCCCCAUGCCUUAUGUUACAGAAGCAACUAGAGUCCACAUCAUCUUACCCGUCACUCUUCAAGACCGAGAGGAUGUUCAACAGUUUUUGGAAGUGUACGCCGCAAACGCCUUCGAAACCAGUGAGAAUGCCAUCUUGACGUUUCUCUUUAUUUACGAUCCAAUUGAGGCCCAACAAGUCAACCAGAAUGACAUCUUCGCUAUUGUCAAAGCGCAAAUCAGUGCUUGCGAGCACCGUUAUCCUAUGGUCAAAAUCCCCUGGAUCAGUGUUAAAAGCGAAAGUCCCUCUCAAAUCAAAUUUAUGGACAUCAUCUCCAAGAAGCACCCAGUUGACACGUUGUUCUUCAUUGCCACCGUGAAAACCAGCAUCAACUCCGAGUUCCUCAAUCGCUGUCGGAUGAACUCCAUCAACAACUGGCAGGUGUUCUUCCCCAUCCAUUUCCAAUACUACAAUCCUGACAUUGCUUAUCAUAACCAGCCUCUUACCAAUACAGUGGAUUUGGUCAAAGAGGCUGGCCACUUUGAUCGCAGUUCCUUCAACGAAGCAUGUUUUUACAACUCGGACUACAUGACGACCCGGACGCGCAUGUCUUCGGAUGUCCAGGAGAACGAGGAGAUCCUGGAGAACCUGGAUAUAUAUGAAAUGUUCGUCAAAUACUCCGGCCUCCACGUUUUCCGAGCAGUGGAGCCGGCCCUGCAUCAGAAGUACAGCUACCAGCCAUGCAAUCCUCGUCUAAGUGAAGAUAUUUAUCAGAGGUGUGUGCAGAGCACCCUCGACAGCCUUGGAUCACGCUCUCAGCUCGCCUUGCUGCUGUUUGAACAGGAACAAGGCAACAGUACAUAAAAAAUCUAACCUUGAAAGGUUGAGAAAUGACUAAAGGGCGAUAAACAGUUUUCGUCCAUUGGGCUGAUGCUUUACUAGUAGGUGGUCUGUCAGGGUGCUGAACUCAUCAAAAAUGCUGUCGGUACCAAAAAAAAGGACUAUGUAAACCAAACUAAAAACUAUUUAAACCAACUUUAAAAUGGCAGAUUUUUGUGACGACAGGGGAUUUAUUAAUUGCUAUCUAUUUAUGUUUGCUUGUAAACCAAGCAGCUGUUGAAAUGAUCACUUUGAACACAUCUAAAUCGUUGUGCCUUAAAAAAAAAAAUGCUGUCCAUUCACUAUACUUUUGACUCGUCACUUUUGCUCAAUGAGAUUUGUUUAAAAGCGUUUUAAUUGUUUAUUUAACAUAACAGUUUUUGUAGUAUGAAGGAACCAUAUUCUGUGUUCUAGCAGUGGGUUUUAUUGCUGUUGAAACGUUUUUAAACUUCAGUUCACACUUGGUACUGAAUUUAUGUUAAAUCUAACCUGAUACAUUUUUUAAGGUAAAAUCGUUGUCUUACUGAUCAUUAGUGCCAAAGAAACAAAUGUCAAGACGAUACACAAUUUUGACCGAAGCUUUUCAACCAGCAUUGUUCCAUGCAUAUUUUAUGCUUGAAUACUGAACAGAAGAGCACAGAUAUUAUUACAAAUACCUGCAUUUAAAUAUGCUAUUGAUACCACCUAGAUACAUUUUUCUGAUUAAACAAGUAAACUUUUUAAAGUUUUUGCACUAACAUUUUCAUUGCAAAUUUGCUUUGUAUAACAGUGAUGUUGCACAAUAUGCCUGUCAAAGAAUUUAAUUUUGUUCAAGAAAGAUUAUAGGGUGCAUUACACAGUUAUAGUUAGUUCCUGGGCUGUCUACCAGUGUGGAGUGCAAUACUAGUGCAAUACUAUUCUGAUGGUUUGCUUAGAGCCUGCUAAUUGAAACACUCCAGAUGAAAUGUAUAUCUGAUGAUGCUAUUAUUACAGUGAUGUUAUUAGAAUAUGCUCUUUUACAGACCAUUCUACAACAUAAUGUGUUACAGUAGGUUAUAUAAUUGUUGUUGUUUUUUUGGCUACAUGGUACGUGUUUGUUGUAUUUACUUAGUGCUAUGUUGAAGGGUUUUUUAUAUUUUUUUCAUUAACUUAAUGCAGUACACUGACUUGUGUCACACAAUAUCAUGAUGCUGGAUGUCAAAUGUUUGUGCAUACAAAAGCUGUGAAAGGUUUUACAAAUUGAUGUUUUGUACGUUUUUAAACGACAUAUGCACAACAUGAAUGGACUCCCCACAAUGAGCGUGGCCACUACUGUCCUUUAGGGGUCAGCAAAGGAGCAUGGGAUAACCGCUCCUCUCAGAAAUGUAAAGUUUCACAAGACUGUUUCUUAACCUCACCUUUGUUGAUUUUUUUUUUCACUAUAAAUAUUCUCUGUAAAUCUAUUGGAUUUUGUUUUAAUAUUAUUGUACAAAUCUUUAAAUAAAGACUUUAUUUUAG